AUGUCACAAAGCUUUCAGCAACAGAUUUAUUCACCAACGAACAGCAUAGAUGAACAUAGUACAGCCUCUUAUCUCUCUCAUACUUCUCCAGCUGUCUAUAGGCAACAAAAGCUUCAGGUUUUGAGCGUAGGCCCUACCCAUGGUCAAGAAGGUCAAACUUUCCAGCUUUCGUUUGACAAUCGAGAUGCAAAGUUGGAUUUGAAUUCAGUGGGGAUCGCCUUCCAUAACUGUUCCACAACCUGUCAAAUUUCAAUUGACAAUGUUACUCAAAUAGUGACAGUGUCGACGACAAUACCUUCAUCACAGUGGAUUGCGGUCGAGGAUUUGAGUCGAGUACCUGUUUAUUUGGAAGCAGAACUUUCCAAUGAUGAACAGCAACAGCAACAACAACAACAACCACAACAACAGCAGCAGCAGCAGCAGCAAAACAGAGUUCGGUGGCUCGUCAGUUCUUUUUCGUUUUAUCCCGCGGCGACCACUGCUCCUACCAUGAUGGGGGACACCAGUACCUCUAGGAAACGAAAGUCGGAUGAAUUGGACGAUACAGUGGAUAACGACUCUUGUAAUAGGAACAUAUCCGAUGACAGCCAUCAGAUGAGGUUUAGACAAGAUUCACAUUCGCAAACUGCGUACAUUACUCAACCUUACACAGCGAAUACAGCCGCUCAGCUUCAAGUACCUCUCCAGCAACAUGCUCCCUAUAUCGGUCUACUGCCAACCGAGCCUUCACCAAGGACGCGUGACUAUUUUGACGAGCCUGGUUUGUAUCAUUAUGCAACGACAGAACAUGGUCUACCGAACAACAGGGAUUUUACAGCCACGUAUUCUGAUCAGGACUAUUUGAAUCAAUCUCAUAUCCUACAACAGCAACCGGGCGGCGUGCCACCUCCACCGCCGCCGUCACACCCUUCUCCCUAUUUGAUGCAGAUGAUGGACACAGCCCUUCCCCGCUCUCCUCAAUCCUUUUCGCCCUCUUUGAGUUCCCCUCAUAUGGCUCAAGCUUCUUUUCAAAUGCGAUCUUCAGGUUAUCCGUCCCAACCCCUCUCCGCAACGCAACGACAGCAACAACAACAACAGCAACAGCAACAGCAAUAUCAUUCACAGCAGACAUCGCCCUACGCCUUAAUGCCCUCCACGUCGUACCCUAUCGCAUCACCUUCUACCCCGCUUCUGGCGCAUUCAACAGGACAGCCGCCACAGCCCUCAUUGCAACAGCUUCCUCCGCCAUUGUCCUUGCCACCCUCCUCCACUCAACCCUCCUCUACUGCACAAACAUUCUCAACUCAUCCACCCUCCUCUCUAUCGACGACAACAACAACAACAACUCCAGCUACCACGACAAAGCAGCGUACACGAGCCCUUCCUGAAGAUUAUACACGUACCUUUAACAAAGGCGCCCAUCUCACCCUUCACGGUGACCUGGCAGCGAUGACGCGUGAUUGGACUCCUAUGGAGCAAGAGACACGGCGUCGUCUUGUACAGUUUCAAAAGACGCGACACGACAACACGAUCGACUGUUGGUUUCGUCCGUACUCCAUCUCUUCUCCUCCUCCGCUUCCUUCACUCCAGCCCUCUUCUGUAGGAACAGAAGCUGGUGCUACUCCUACCCCACCGAUAGCAACAGCAGCAGAAGGAUCCAGUGCGUCCUCCUCCUCUCACCCAAGAUACAAACCGGAUGCGAAUGAUAUCGUGAUCUCUUGUAUUUACUGGAAGGAAAAGAACGAUUAUUUUGUCACUUCCGUCGACUGUGUCCAUUUAAUAGAAUCACUCAUCGAUUGUCGGUUUACAGUAGAGGAAAAGAAUCGUAUCAGGAGGAAUCUAGAAAACUACAAGCCGUUAACCGUGGCGAAGCUCAAUCCUGAGACGAGUGAGUUUUUCAAAUUGAUCAUGGGAUACUCUCACCCGAAACCAAGGAAUAUCGAAAAGGAUGUCAAAGUCUUCAAUUGGGUUUCCUUGGGAACCGCCAUGGAAAAAGUGCUAAAGAAAUUCAGUGCGAGUUUCAGUAGUAUACAGAGUGUCAAUUAUGAAGCCUUUGUCCAAUCUGCAGGGGCCAAUCCAACACAGCCAUCGCCACCGUCACCGCCACCGCCACAGUAA